CAGGCCAGUACAAGGGCAUGUGCAUGUGUAGUAGUAAGUAGUCGUACACACACGCGGUUCGGGGAUUUUUUCCUCAGUUGUUUUGCAAGUCAGAUCAGACACGGGUUCGUCAACAUGUCUAUGGCAAUACCCUCCUCCACCACACCAUACCAUCUCCACCAGGCAAACAGUUACAGCGAAGCCGAAGCUCCAGUCGGCAUCACAGUGCCAUCGUCCUCUCCUAGCAUGCAAUCUGGCCAGGUGAACGUCAUGUAUCAGAAACUAGGCAAUGAUUUCCUUCAACACAUCCAGCAGCCGAGUAACAACGGGUUACCGCUUGGGCAUCCCGGUGCCCAAUGGGUCGGGUUGUCGGCCCCGCACGCCGACGCCAGCCAGAUGUGGCAGGCGGCCGUACCGGCCCAGCUCAUGGGCCAAGACAUUAAACCCAACCUAGUCGGGCAGACCCGGGAGGAAAUUCAGAACUUGCACCACAGAGUGAGCCAUGGACAGCCACCCUCAUCAUGGAACUCCCCGUCGAACACACACAUGGCCAUGCCAAUGAGUAUGAGCAUGCCGAUGACAACGUCCAAUUCACCGGGGCAUCAUUUGGGACAUUCGCCUCACUAUACCUCGUACGGUGCCGCGAUGGGUAUGAAUGGGAUGGUCAGCAGUGCUCAACAACUCUGCCAGUCGGGCAUCCCACGGACACAUAACUCGAACGGGUCGCCACUCGGCCACGAAAUGUCACACAAUGGCCCACCGAGCAACGAGCCCGUGGAGGACUGCGACGCGCCGACAUCGGACGACUUAGAGCAGUUCGCUAAGCAGUUCAAACAACGCCGGAUCAAGCUUGGCUACACCCAAGCCGAUGUUGGACUGGCACUGGGUACUCUAUACGGUAAUGUUUUCAGCCAGACCACCAUAUGCCGAUUUGAGGCACUCCAGCUAAGCUUCAAGAAUAUGUGUAAGUUGAAACCAUUACUCGCUAAAUGGCUGGAGGAGGCCGACUCAACAUCCGGGUCGCCGACUUGCUUAGACAAAAUAGCAGCACAGGGCAGGAAAAGAAAGAAGAGGACCAGCAUUGAGGUAACUGUCAAAGGAGCCCUUGAAAACGCAUUCUUGAAACAACCCAAACCAGCCGCUCAGGAGAUCUCUGGACUUGCCGAUAGCUUACAACUCGAGAAGGAGGUGGUGAGAGUGUGGUUUUGCAACAGACGACAGAAGGAGAAGAGAAUGACCCCGCCCAACAACCAGGGUAGCAUCUCGGGUGGUGAGUCCGGUGGUGAGUCUGAUAGCUUAGUGUCGUCCCAUGGUAUGUCCCUUCACCAACCCGUCAUCACCACGCUGUCGUCCCAUAUGCAGGGUUCAGCGAGUUCCCCUGUUCACAUCGGGGCUUCGUCCGUGUCACCCCCGCCGAACCAUGUCACCUCGGGGAUGGGACAGCAUGGACAUUGACUAGGCGACCCCAAGCUCGUAUACUACACCACCAUCCCACCCCGCAACUUGUAGGUGAGGGACUUUGUGCAUUAUAGCCCCCCAAUUUUUACCUCAGGACUUUUUCAAAAACCUAUUUUAAAAAAUUCCUGUUUUAAACAGUCGAGUAGUAUAGUCACUGUGCAGGCAUUACUACCCCGUCGUGGCGAGUGCAUUUUGGCCAUUUAUUUAUUACCCACAACCAGUACAAAGCACACACAAAAGGCCACACACCAAUUUAAACUUAGUACUCCUGCCACAGGGCUGUACUUUAUUAGAAACCACUCGAGACACAAGUGCUGAAUUUUAUUUAAGAAACUUAUCUUGUCUUUUUUAAACUGCAAACAAUUCACUAUUUGGUUGGUGCCUCUUGUAACGAAACAGAUUUUUUUUUUUUUUUAAACAAAAGCUGUUGUGUGGUUCUAUACAGUACACAUAAUGUGGCCAGUUUUACAUCACUGUAAAUAAUCAAACAAUCAUUCUGCAGAUUUAUUUUAUCCAAGAUGUUCAUGAAUUACCUGUAUAAAAAAAACACCUUUUCAAGAGUUUACAUCUUUUUGCUCUGAAGUAUUACACUAUUUAUUGUGGUUAUAUGCAGCAUAUUAUGUGUUAUAAAAACGAAACAUCGUUUCAAAAUCUUUAACCAAAAUUCCACCUUUUCAUAACUUUUAUGACUGCACAUAUAAAUGAAUCUUCACACAAAUGUGCUGCUUACUUCUGCAAUUGUGUGAAGACUCACAACUCAUUGUAUAAAAGAAAGACGGAACGAAACUUCUUUGUGACUUUUAGAACAAAAACUUUGCACUGGCGAUAAGCAGGGUAUAUUUAUUAUGUAAAUUUCAAUUUUGUCAGUGCUGAAUUUAUGGUAAGGGACUUGUAUGUAUAUGUGGUUACGUAUUGGAAGUUCUUAUGAGAAGAAAAAAAAUUGUAAUUGUGUAUAUAAGCUGAGAACUCAGUGAACGUUUAAUUUUCACAGUUAUAGUGCUUCUUUUUAUUUAUCAAAAAAAAAAACUAAACAACUAUUUUAAUUUGGACAAGUUUUCAAAGUUUUUUUAUAAUAUCAAUUCAUGAUUAUCAAUCAUUAUGAUUACGGUAUAUUGGUACAAUAUUACAUUCCCACCAAGAUUUACAAACUGAACAUGUGAAUAGUCCCACCUUUUUAAAAUAAUUAUAGUUAUGUUUUAAGUUCACUUUUAUGUCAUGUUAUUUAUUAUACUGUGCUCUCUGAUAUAAAAACAACAACACCAUAUUAUAUUAUUAGCCAAAAUGUUAUUUAAAAACAAGAUUUAGGGAUUAUAACCGAAGACGUGUUGGUUCACAAAGCCACGCGUAUUGUCACAUUGUGGGUAAUUGACAACAAUCAUAUUAAACACCCGAGUAAACGAAACACAAAGAGCUAAUUGAUCGAACUUUAUUUUGUCAAUUUUUAUCAAACAAUACUAUACCCACCUCCAAAUUUACACACACACAAAUAGAAAAGAAGACAAAAUCUGAGAGCUUUGCUCUACGUUUCCCCUCGCCAAUUGCAAGAAAUUUCUUUGGCAUUGGGGAAAGAGUUUUUUAACGUGAGCACUUAACUCAAUUUGCUGUACUGAAAUCAAAUCGGAAAAAGGAUAAUAAAAUUUCAACCAUGGAACACAAACAAGCUCUUUAGCCUUGUGUAUAACAGGCAUUCAUAGGCUGUGUGUGUCUACCGUGCUAGGUUUUUUCUCUUCUUUUCUAUAUCUACGCCCGUACAAAAGCCGAGAACAUGCCAGAGGCGUUGUAUAGCAUGAGAUUUCUAACUACGAUUAGCUGGGUCAAGAGCAUGCUGCGCCGUGCGCUGCUGCAGACAUCCCAGGAUGGCAACUCCGAUUUUUUGUUUUUGAAGGAGGAAAAGAUAUAUAAGUCAGGUGUAUUAUUAUUUCACUGUGUUAGAGAAAGGCUUCCGUGUAAGGUUAGAUUCUCUGUGGGAAAGUCCUGCCAUGGCACUGUUGCAACAGUAUUCACUUGAACAAAGAGCAAGCGACCCGCGUUGUACUAUGGUAAUUUGAUUAGUAAAGAUCCACUGCGAGAAACUUCAUUUUCGUUUGCUGCUCUGUGUGGAAAGCUGGGCUGGGAUUCCCUCCUCCUUCCAACGGUGGCUAGUUAGUGAGCCAGCUCAGGCGUCAUAUACAACGGCCAAAUUCGUUUCUAAAUCUAUAAAAUGUGUCUGUUGGGGCGGGGGGGGGGGGGUCGAUUUAUAAAAUGUUACUUUCUGGUGUUUGUAAUAAAUUCACAUCUUCAAUCAUUCAGGUCUUUAAUUUGUAGUGCUUUUACCAAUUUUAAAUGUUGUUUUUGUUUUUUACUUGAAAUUCACGAUGGUAUUGUUUUAUUCUUUAAGUCUUUGUUUUAAGGAUCUCUUUUCAAAACGAAACACAUCUCACAUCUUGCGUACUUACGUCCAUGGAGUUGUAUGAAAUAUGAAUAGAAUUUCCGAAAGUUAAUUUCAGAUUUAAAAGAUGGUGAAACAUGACUACUAUUGACCUAGAAAUUCCGCUCAGUUGUUACAAAUCUAGAAGAAAAUAAAAAUUGAUUUGUGCUCAUAAAUUUUUAAUGAGUUACAAUGUAUCAUCCAUAACUUUAUGGUUGAUUUAAGAAAAUAUAUUGCAUACAUUUGACGGGGAAAUAAACAUGGUUCAUAUAACACAGUGUGUUUGUACAAUUUUUACAAAUACAGUUUUCAUUUGGGCACGGCUGAACUAUUUUCAAUCAGGUUUAGUACCUACAUAAGCAGCUUAUCCUUGUUAAAUUAAAUUUACAAACGGAAAAGUGACUUUUGUGUUUUGUCUCGGGUCUGAAUUUUGCCAGGAUUUGAAAUUGGAUUUCUAGGCGUAACCAUUUAAAUUAUUUAAUAUUUUAUUCGAAUGUUAAUGUUUAAUAUUUGAUUGUUUAACUGAACGUCCAAUCUUGUAGCUCAUGAGAACAGACAGUAAGAGUUUCCCAAAGAAAAACACUUUUUAUUGUAACCA